AUGACUACCUCAGGUAAUGGUUGCCAAGGCAGGAAUCAUAUUUCCAUCACCUCCUGGAUUGAGAAGCUCCACCAGAAGAUAGGAGAUGCGUCAUCUGCGAUCAGGAUGGGGUCUUCAAAUGUCAAGAUUCUCUUGGGGAGCCUCUCUAUUGCACAGGCGGUUGCCGGAGUCAACAUCGUUGCAAUCCUUUCCACUGGAUCAGUCAAUGGAAUGCCAUGUCCGGUAGUCACAGAUAGGUGGGAUUUGUUUGACGAAGAUGAACAAGAAGACCACUUUGAACCUGAAGAUCUACCAUCUGUGUCAGGACCCGAGUUCCAGCCCAAGGAAAAUACAAUGGUCAUCAUUGACAAGUCAGGAGUCCAUCGCCUUGAGGUUCGAUGCUGUGAUUGUCCUGAUGCCAUGAGUCCAGACAUUCAAAUGUUUCGACAUGGCUUUUACCCUGCAUCAUUUAACAAGCCAAAGACCGUGUUCACCUUCAGAGUGCUAGAUGAUUUUCUGUUGGACAACCUCGAAUGUGGCACCUCAGCGAUGAACUAUUACAGCAAGCUUCGGCGAAUGACCUCGAGCAUGUUUCCCCACCUCGUUCCGGACCAAUACAGAGAGCUUAUGAGAGUCGCUCGACAGUGGAGGCAGUUAAAGUCUAUGAAAUGGCAUGGCUUCAGGCAUAGUUCCGACAACCCGAAUGCCAGAGAUCUCGCAUUAUUCUGCCCGGCAUGUCCUCAGCCCGGGAUUAACAUAUCCUUGUCAGGGGAUGAAUCACUUGAUGUCUGGAAAUACACCCGGUCAUUUGUGAUGGACGGAAAUUUCAAAGCCGAACACCUGCAUCCCAUCAAGCCAUAUGAUGAAGUAUGGCUCUCCGAUGGGUUGGGGUUUAUGGUGGGAAAGGAAAGGUAUCAAAAGCAUCUUGAAGAGGCUGCUGACACUGUGGAAAAAUCGAGCUGCAACAAUCAUUGGGCUGUCAAUCAAGCAAAUGCAGCUCGGCACAAGCUGGAGUCCACCGGCAUCGGGAGAAUUUCCAGAAAGGCGAAAGGCAAGCCAGACACGCCACAAAUGAACAUGGACUACGCACUUUGUGAGGCUGCCCAGCACAACAUGGAUGGGAUUACAAGGGCUGUCACCUUCUAUGACAUCAACUGUCAAUACAACAAGCACUUGCAUGUUCGGGUGGAUCGAGGCCGAUUUCUGACAAUGGUUCCGGAAUUGACUGUCAUUCCUGGAAUCAGGCUGUGGCACAUCCACAGACAUCAGGAUAGCUGCUAUGUCAGAUAUGCGUUGAAUUUCAUUGAAGGCAUUGGUCACAUUAAUGGAGAGAUCAUGGAGACCCUAUGGGCAUGUCUCAACCUGAUUUCUCCUGCUGCUUGGGGAAUGUCUUCCCUGCAUCGGAAGGAAUGUCUUGAUUUCCAGAUGAACGAUUCCAACUUUUGCAAGAUGAUCCGCAUGAAGAGGACCCUUUGCCGGAAAUACAAGCAGGCGAAGACUGGCAUUGCCGAAAGUGGAAAGGCUUUCGACAGACUUGAUGAAGCCACACCAGCCAACUUAAAGACAGACUGGUUAGCAAGUGAGAGGAUCGCUCAGUCCAACAGAAUACAAGAUCCAGCUGCAAUGGAUAUAUAUGAGAUUAAUAUCAAGAAGGGUGAGAUCACUCUGUCUCGAUCGAAGUCUGAAUUCAUUUUGAACCCAGCACCGAGCAAAAAGGAGAUAGAGCUUAGACUGCUGCAGGAGGGUAAUGCCCAUCAUGCAGCACCCUCUCGCAGAUCUGUGGCAACAUGGAUAUCAAUGGGCCUGGCAAUUGAAGAGGCUCAAAUUGCAUUGCACAUCGAGGUCCGAAGAAUAGGAAAAAGAACUACCGAGACUCAGAGAUUAGACAUCGCCCAGCAACGCGAUCAUCUACAAGGCCAGAUAGAUGCAUUCACUCAGACUGCUCUGACGCAUCUGGGAGAGGGAUUUGAUGCAGAUGACGACCCUGACGAUUUGAAUAUAGACAUUCUCAAUGAUCUCGAUGAUGACCCAGAGGAUUUCAUCAGGAAGUCCGAUACAUGGACAAACUCCCCUGAGCUCACUGUCAUCCCAUUGCCAUCAAACCUCGGGGUAGAUCGAUCCAAACGUUGUAUGGCAGAGGAUCUGAUUCCGCUGGAGUUGUCGCUUCGUGAAGGACAGGCCAAUGAUGCCCUUCACAACCUCUGA